AUGACCGAAGAGUUGUCAAAGAUUUAUAAUUCCAAGAAAACUUCGAAGAUUGCUAAGGGGAUCGCAUUUCCAACAUGUAUUAAUCCAAAUCACAUUCCAGCACAUCUCUCGCCAGUGAGCGAAGAUGACGAAGCGAACUUGACAUUGGUCAAGGGGGAUGUUGUCAAUAUCAUGUUGGGUAUUCAGAUUGAUGGAUUUCCAUCAAUUGUGGCCGAAUCAAUGGUUGUUGGAGAAAGCAAGGAUGAGCCAAUCACUGGAGGCAAGGCCGACUUGAUGCACGCAGCUUGGAAAGCAUCAGAAGCAGCUAUUAGAACCUUCCAACUAAAGAACAGAAACUGGGAUGUUACCAACAUCGUGGAUAAAGUUGCCAAGUCGUAUGAUUGUAUUGCUGUUGAAAGUAUGUUGUCGCAUAACCAAGAAAGAAACGUCUUAUAUGGACCAAAGGAAAUCAUUCUUAACCCAACUAAGGAAAACAAGAACCAAAUGGAUACCUUUAAGUUCGAAGAAAAUGAAGUUUAUGGGUUAGAUAUUUUAGUUUCUACGUCCCCAGAGGGUAAAGUUAAACAAUCCAACUACAAGACUUCUUUAUUCAAAUUAACUGGUAGCUCGUAUUCCUUAAAAAUGAAAUCAUCCCACCAAGUAUUGGGUGAAUUUAAAGAAAAGUGUUCUGGCCCUUUCCCUUUUAACAUUAAGAACUUAGAAGAUAUCAGAAAGGCCAGAAUGGGUUUGAUUGAGUGUGUCAACCAUCAAGUUAUGUUAUCCUAUGACAUUAUGACUGAGAAGGAAGGUGAAUACGUUGCCCAAUAUUUCACUACUUUUGCUAUUACUAAGAAUGGUAUUGUUAAGUUCACAUCUCCAACUUUUGACCCUGAAUUAUACAAAACUGAAAAGGAAAUCAAAGACGAAGAAAUCACAACAUUGAUUUCCCAACCUUUGAAGGCUGCCGCAAAAAAAAAGAAGAGCAAGAAGGCUGCUGUUGAUGGAGCUCCAUCCGCAUAA